AUGGAGCCAAGCACCCGUGGCCCAGUGGCUCAGGCCACUGUCAACAGCUGGCAGGGGAAGAGGAGGGAACGGGGAGGCAGAGGGGACUUAGGGACUGAGGAGAAAGGGGGUCCCAGAGAGCACCCACAUUUUUGUCCUGCUCCCCUAGGGCUGGUUAAACUCGGGGUCCACUGCAUCACGGGUCAAAAAGUCGCCAUCAAGAUUGUGAACCGGGAGAAACUGUCCGAGUCGGUGCUGAUGAAGGUGGAGCGUGAGAUCGCCAUCCUGAAGCUUAUUGAGCACCCGCAUGUCCUCAAGCUCCACGACGUCUACGAGAACAAGAAAUAUUUGUACCUGGUUCUGGAGCACGUCUCUGGAGGCGAGCUCUUUGACUAUCUGGUCAAGAAGGGGAGGCUGACGCCCAAGGAGGCCCGGAAGUUUUUCCGCCAGAUCGUGUCGGCGCUG